GCUCUGAAGUGAUUGAUUAAAAUGGUGUUGAAGUUGAAUAAACGUGUCUUGUUAUGCAGACAAUAAUAAGAAAUAUAAAUAAAUAAUCUUCAAACAUGUCCAACGCACCUUUGAAUCGUCGAAAUGGUGCUCAAAAAAUCAGACUGACAAUAUUGUGUGCAAGAAACUUAGUUAGGAAGGAUCUGUUCCGGCUGCCAGACCCUUUUGCAAAGAUAUCUGUGGAUGGUAGUGGGCAAUGCCACUCCACAGAAACAGUUAAAAAUACUUUAGACCCAAAAUGGAAUUCCCAUUAUGACUUAUACAUCAGUAAGAAUGAUAAUGUUACUAUUUCAGUUUGGAAUCAUCGAAAGGUGCAUAAAAAGCAAGGUAGUGGGUUCCUUGGUUGUGUACGCAUUGUGAAUUCUUUGAUUCAGAGACUGAAAGACACAGGAUAUCAAUGCCUGGAUUUGGGCAAGGCAAAUGCUGAUGACAGCGAACCAGUGAAAGGGCAAAUAAUAAUAUCUCUGUUAUCUCGAGAUGGGCCCUGUGGGGGCACCCCUCUGGCCAUUGUGGGGCCUUUGGGGGACCUCAGGGGGCCCACAGAUCACGAGACGAGUCCCGAAGAAUUGCCGCCAGGUUGGGAGGAACGCAGGACGCCUAGUGGACGCCUCUACUACGUCAAUCACAUCACUAGAUCCACGCAAUGGGUCAAACCACAAACAACAGGAAAAGUGAGACCAGCCAGGCCUAGGUUGAACAACAAUGUCUCUGUUAACACCAAUAACGUCGACAAUAACAACUUGGACAAUUGCAGAUCCGACGCCGAUCCGACGACCGAAAACAACAACUCCGAACCUCCGCCCAUCACCCCCGUUACCCCCUGUUCUAGCACCUCUUCCCCAGCCUCUCCCCCACCGCUUCUCACGCCUCCCAACGACCACGCCCCCUCCCCGACGAGGCCGUCCCACCAAUCAGCCGUCACGAUCGACCACGCCCCUUCGCCUAUCAGGCCGUCUCACCAGUCUGGUGGCCCCGCCUCUAUGGCUGAGCAACAGGUGGUCUCGCCCACUUCGACCACCGUGUUGGCCGCGCCGAACAACAUCAGUUGCAAUGCACCGAGUAGCAAUAGCGUCCUGAUCACCGCCCAAACCACGCCCCUGGGCGCCUCCCAAACUUCAACGGCCAAUCAGCAAACGCCGCCUCGCGGUCCGACACGCGAGAGGCGGCAGCGGGGCGGUGAGGAGAGGAGGGAGGGCAGCGGGAGGCGGCGACCGACGCGCAGCCGCAACGGCCCCGGACCCGGCGUCGGGACGGCGUCGCAAGGGGGCAGCAAUGCGCCUGUUGCCGGAAUUCGCAUGGAUCUGCCUUCCGGAUACGAGCUGCGAACUACGCAACAAGGGCAGGUUUAUUUUUAUCACAUACCGACCGGUGUGUCCACGUGGCACGACCCCCGAAUCCCCAAAGACAUUUCCCCAAUCAGUUUGGAUGCCGACCAUUUAGGACCUCUGCCACCCGGAUGGGAAAUGAGACAAACAAACUCCGGAAGGAUCUACUUCGUCGACCACAACAAACGCACCACCCAGUUCACCGAUCCGCGCCUCAACCCGCAAAUCCUCAACAACCUCCUCAAAAAACCUCCUCCCAUCCCUAAUCCCGCCUCUCCACCUCCCACCACCGUUACCGCCGUCGUUUCCUCCCCUACCUCCCCUUCCACCGCUCCUCCUACCGCCUCUUCUACGCCUAUGCCCAACUGUCACGCCGGUGUGACGGCGGCCCAGCCGGCGGAGGCGGUGAGUCCGAGGCCGCCCCGGGCGGUAGAUGACCUGCCUGCUGGUCUGCUCAACGAGUCCGAGCACCUGCCCAAGUACAGGAGGGAUCUGGUGGCGAAAUUGAAGGUGCUGAGAGCUGAACUAGCGGCAUUGCAACCUCAAAGUGGACAUUGCCGAUUAGAGGUGUCUAGAAGUGAAGUGUUUGAGGAGAGUUAUAGACUUAUAAUGAAAAUGCGACCGAAAGACAUGCGAAAACGUCUGAUGGUGAAAUUCCGCGGCGAGGAAGGUCUCGAUUACGGCGGCGUGGCCAGAGAGUGGCUCCAUCUGCUCUCUAUGGAGAUGCUCAAUCCGCAGUACGGCCUGUUCCAGUACAGCAGAGACGAUCACUACACGUUGCAAAUCAAUCCCGAUUCGUCGAUCAAUCCCGAACACCUUUCCUACUUUCACUUUGUGGGCAGGGUGCUGGGCGUGGCUGUUUUUCACAAUCACCAAUUAGAGGGUGGUUUUACGUUGCCCUUUUACAAACAGCUGUUGAACAAGCCGAUCACCUUGCAGGACAUUGAAGGGGUGGAUCCUGAAUUGCACAGGAGUCUCACGUGGAUGUUGGAAAACGACAUCGACGGCGUGUUAGACACCACUUUCUCCGUGGAAAACAACAGUUUCGGCAUCGUGAAAGUGCACGAACUGAAACCUUCUGGGGCUUCUAUUCCCGUCACCGAGGACAACAAGCGCGAGUACGUCAAAUUGUACGUGAAUUAUCGGUUCAUGCGCGGCAUUGAGCAGCAGUUUUUGGCGCUGCAAAAGGGCUUCUCUGAGCUCAUUCCUUCGACUUCGUUAAGGCCGUUCGACGAGCGGGAGCUGGAGCUCGUGAUAAGCGGCAUCGGAUCGAUCGACAUAGCGGAUUGGAGGUCACACACUAGGCUGAAACACUGCACUUUGGACACGCCUGUCGUCCAAUGGUUUUGGCAGGCCGUUGAGUCUUAUUCGGAAGAAAUGAGAGCUAGACUGUUACAGUUUGUGACAGGUAGCUCGAGGGUGCCUUUACAAGGAUUCAAAGCCUUACAGGGCAGCACGGGCGCCGCGGGGCCGAGACUCUUCACCAUACAUUGCGUUGAUGUCCCGCCCCAAAAUCUGCCCAAAGCGCACACUUGUUUCAACAGGAUCGACAUACCGCCCUACGAGACCUACCAAGUACUUUUGGACAAGCUGACUCAGGCCGUAGAGGAAACCUGCGGCUUUGCGGUGGAAUGAAACGAGGUGGAAUUUUCUCGUCCAUAUCAUUUGACAGCUGUGCUAGUAAAAAUCGUGUGUUCUUAAGACUGCCAAAGUGCCUUUCUAGCUUUCACACUGUUCAUCUUCACUUCACAAGUGCCUGUUUUUUCUCACACUAGUCACUUACCACUAUUUUCUUCUGGUGUUUCGUUUCGGGAGUCGAAACUUUCGGCUUGUGAUAGCAAAAUGAGUGUUUCGUCAUUAGAUGGCGAUGGUAUUUUACAGAUUUCUGUAGUGAGAGAUAAGUCUAAGUGAUAUUACUCAAAAAUGGCACGUUUCACGGGUGCUUUCAUUGUAAUAAAGCGAUAAACAAUUCCAAGUGAUGUUGUUUGAGAUGUUGGUGGCUAAUUUGUGCUAUUUACUUUCAAGAUGUUUUUUUUUUUUAAAUGGUUUGACAAUGUCAAAUGUUGUGAAGUUUGGAGACCCUACAUAAUGGGUCGCGUGGACAAAAUGUUAGAUGACCGACCCUGGAGGCAAAACAAUCUCAUUAACCUCACUUUUUUAUUUGUUGAAAACAUGCCAUCACAUUGUGCUGUUUGUUGUACAAUGCACAAAAAAUGCAGGGAGAGACGAAGGAAUAAAUAUUUUUCAGGUGAAUUCUGAUCUACAGGGUGUUCUGUUGGGAAACGGAAAUACUUUCACGGUGGAUAGAGGUGACUAAGGUGGUUCUGAAUAUACCAUAUAUGUUGGGUCUUACAUGUUUCAUCAUCGAGAUAUAGGGUGUUUUAACAAUUCUGGUGAUUUCGUUGAAGGCUCAUAGCAUACGAAGCACCUAGUAUAUUUUUUUGAUAUUUGGUGUUUUCCCCCUGCUACCCAAGCGACAUGUAUAUCCGCCAGAAAAAAUUCGA